AUGUCGCGGGAGAGAGCCACUAAUAAGCGAAGCGCCAUCCUGCCUCCUGCUAAACAGAAUAUUGAGAAGUUAGAGAACAUGGUGAUACAAGGCAAUUACUAUGGAGCUCAACAGAUGUACAAGUCAUUCAGCGCUAGGUAUGCUGCCGCAGAAAGGUACGAUGAAGCCCUAGAAGUUCUUCAGUCUGGUGCUUGCUUACAGUUGGAAAAUCAGCAGGUCACUUGUGGGGCUGAGCUUGCUGUGCUAUUCGUGGAAAUACUUGUAAAAGGAAAAUAUCCUUGCGAUGAUGAUACUCUUGCUCGUGUCAGGAAAAUCUACAAGAAGUUUCCUCGAAUAUCUGUGCCUCAACAUCUUGACAUGACAGACGAUGAUGACAUUCAGCAGCUAUCUGAAGCUCUUGCUGCUGCUAAAAUUCGCGUCGAAUCCUGCUCUUCAUUUUUACGAGCUGCUAUCAAGUGGUCAGUGGAAUUUGGAGCACGCAGGAAUGGAUCACCAGAACUACAUGAUAUGCUUGCUGAUUAUAUAUACUCUGAAUCUCCUGAAGUGGACAUGGCCAAAGUUACCUUUCAUUUUGUCCGUGGAAAGAACCCAAAGAAGUUUGCGUCAACGCUGGUGAACUUCAUGGGCAAGUGCUAUCCAGGAGAAGAUGAUUUGGCCAUUGCACGGGCAGUUUUAAUGUACUUGUCUCUGGGUAACUUGAGAGAUGCCAACAAUCUCAUGGACGAGUUGAAAAAGUUAGUGCAGUCCAAGGAGAUUGAGUUCCCAGAAUCGGAGUUGAUUCAAUUCAUCAAUUAUCUCCUCCUGACGUUGCAGAGAGAUGCUCUGCCUUUGUUUAACAUGUUGAAACAAAAUUAUCAAUCUAGUAUAGAAAGAGAUCCCAUAUUUAGUGAGUUGUUAGAUGACAUUGCUGAGAAGUUUUAUGGGGUAAGACGUAAGAAUCCAUUGCAAGGGAUUUUUGGAGAUUUAUUUAAGCUUGAUGACAACUUGGAGCAGUGGCCACAUUUGAAUGAACUUGUUCAUUGCUAUCGAACUGACUGGGUCAAAGAUGAAAGCAAGUAUGGGCACUACGAGAGCUGCGGCACUGUACAGUUUCAGAAUCAAAUUUUUGAAGGCCCUGAUACUGACCUCGAGACAGAAUUGCGUCUUUCUAAUGCCGUACAGACUAGGAAUGAAGAUGCCACUGAUGAAGAUGUCCCCAGUACAUCUGGAGGGCACCUUUCAGGAUCUAGCAUCUCGGAUGCAUCAAAUUCACUGGUGUUGAAGCAUUUUGGUGAAUCCCCCUUACCAGCUUAUGAACCUGUUUUUGACUGGGAGAAUGAGCGGUCGAUGAUCUUUGGGCAACGGAAUCCUGAAACACAUUUGCCUCAAUAUGCCAGUGGGCUAAAAAUUGCUGUGAAAGUUCUGUCCCUGUCAUUUCAAGCUGGGCUUGUUGAGCCGUUUUAUGGCACAAUCUCUUUGUAUAAUAGAGAGAGAAGAGAAAAACUCUCAGAAGAUUUCCCUUUCCAUGUUUUGCCGCCGGAGCUUCAGGAUGGGAACAGUUCUUCUGAACAACGUGGUGUAUUCCAUCUAGAUGCUCCAUCAUCUUCUGUUUGUUUGCUGAUUCAAUUGGAGAAACCUGCAACCGAGGAAAAUGGGGUGACUCCUUCUGUUUAUUCACGCAAAGAACCAGUGCACUUGACUGAAAGAGAGAAGCAGAAGCUGCAAGUUUGGUCUCGGAUCAUGCCAUAUAGAGAGUCCUUUGCUUGGGCCAUUAUCCCACUCUUUGACAGCAAUAUGAGUGCUCCUUCUGGGGGUUCUGCUUCGCCUGGCAGCCCCUUAACUCCUAGCAUGUCAGGUUCUGGUCAAGAUCCUGUUUUAGAGCCAAUUGCAAAGAUAACGUCAGACGGCAAGUUCAACUAUUCAAGUGCAGUGGUCGUUGAAGUUUCAAAUUUAAAUAAAGUGAAAGAAAGCUACACUGAAGACUCUCUUCAGGAUCCAAAGCGAAAGGUUCAUAAACCUGUCAAAGGAGUCCUAAGAUUGGAAAUUGAAAAGCUCCAGGCUAGCGCCGUUGAUUUUGGAAACACUGUAGAUAAUGGGCAUGCCACUUAUCAUUCCGGUGAACAUGGGGACCAGCUGGCCGAUGCAAAUUAUACCAGAAGCUCCAAUAAUGGUGCUUCUGGAAUUCCAAGUGCCAGUUCCAAAACCAUUUCAUAUCAAGGGAAAGAGCUGUCUCGAAAUGGAUCAAUCGCUGUGGGAGAUUCAGAAUUUGCUUCUGGUGAUUUCCAAGCCUUUGACUUCCGUACGACAACAAGAAAUGAGCCUUUUUUGCAACUCUUCCAUUGUCUUUAUGUCUAUCCUUUGACUGUCAGCAUGAGCCGGAAAAGGAAUUUGUUCAUUCGUGUUGAGCUCAAGAAGGAUGAUGUUGAUAUCCGUAAACCAGCACUGGAGGCAAUGCAUCAAAGUGAACCUGCAGCAUCACUACAUAAAUGGGCACAUACCCAAGUUGCCGUGGGUGCGAGGGUUGCUUGCUACCAUGAUGAAAUCAAAGUUUCUCUGCCUGCUAUUUGGACACCAUUGCAUCACCUCUUGUUCACUUUCUAUCAUGUUGAUCUUCAAACUAAAUUAGAAGCGCCAAAGCCUGUGGUAGUUGGAUACGCUUCACUUCCGUUAUCUACACAUGCUCAGUUUAGGUCUGAAAUUUCUUUGCCCAUUGUGAGAGAAUUGGUGCCUCACUAUCUUCAGGAUUCUGUUAAGGAGAGACUGGAUUACUUGGAGGAUGGAAAAAAUGUAUUCCGACUUCGGUUGCGACUUUGCUCAUCAUUAUACCCCAUAAGUGAGCGCAUUAGAGAUUUUUUUCUCGAGUAUGACAGACACACCCUUCGAACUAGUCCACCUUGGGGUUCUGAGCUUCUUGAGGCUAUCAACAGUUUGAAGAAUGUGGAUUCUACCGCUUUGCUUCAGUUUCUCCAUCCAAUCUUAAAUAUGCUUCUUCAUCUUAUUGGCAAUGGUGGUGAAACUCUCCAGGUUGCCGCCUUCAGAGCCAUGGUUAACAUUUUGACGAGGGUGCAACAAGAAUCUGUGGAUGAAGCUGAAAGAAAUGUUUACCUCGUAAACUAUGUUGAUUAUGCCUUUGAUGAUUUUGGUGGUCGGCAGCCUCCAGUGUAUCCUGGUUUAUCUACAGUUUGGGGAAGCUUGGCACGGAGCAAGGCAAAAGGAUAUCGUGUUGGCCCUGUUUACGAUGAUGUACUGGCAAUGGCGUGGUUUUUUCUUGAACUUAUCGUCAAAUCAAUGGCCCUAGAGCAGAUGCGGUUAUUCUAUCACAAUCUUCCUUCAGGGGAGGAUGUUCCACCAAUGCAGUUGAAAGAAGGUGUUUUCAGAUGUAUCAUGCAGCUAUACGACUGCCUUAUUACUGAAGUUCAUGAACGUUGCAAAAAAGGUUUGGGGUUGGCCAAAUAUUUGAACAGCAGUUUGGCUUUUUUUUGCUAUGACCUCUUAUCCAUCAUCGAGCCUCGGCAAGUUUUUGAAUUGGUAUCGUUAUACCUGGACAAGUUCUCUGGGGUUUGUCAGUCAGUGCUGCAUGAAUGCAAGCUUACUUUUCUGCAAAUUAUAUGUGACCAUGACCUUUUUGUGGAGAUGCCUGGCCGUGAUCCCUCAGAUAGGAACUACCUUUCAUCUGUCUUAAUACAAGAGAUUUUCCUUACAUGGGACCAUGAUGAUCUAUCUAUGCGGGCAAAAGCAGCUAGAAUUCUGGUGGUUCUUCUUUGCAAGCAUGAGUUUGAUAUUCGCUACCAGAAGCCUGAAGACAAGCUCUAUAUUGCCCAAUUAUAUUUCCCGUUGGUUGCUCAGAUCUUAGACGAAAUGCCUGUUUUCUACAAUCUGAGUGGCGUAGAAAAACGUGAAGUGUUGAUCAUUAUUUUGCAAAUCCUACGCAAUUUGGAUGAUGCCUCUCUCGUAAAGGCUUGGCAGCACAGCAUUGCUCGUACUAGAUUAUUUUUCAAACUUUUGGAGGAGUGCCUUAUACAUUUUGAGCAUCGAAGACCUGCUGAUAGCAUGCUAAUCAACAGCAGCUCUCGCAGUCCUGGCCAGGACAAACCCUCCUCUCCAAAAUAUUCUGAAAGGCUGUCACCUGCAAUUAAUCACUAUCUUUCUGAGGCAGCAAGACAUGAAGUGAGGCCUCAAGGAACACCAGAAAAUGGCUACUUGUGGCAGAGAGUGAGCUCCCAGUUAAGUUCACCUAGUCAGCCAUAUUCUUUGAGGGAAGCCCUUGCUCAGGCACAGUCUUCUAGGAUUGGUGCUUCUACUCAAGCACUAAGAGAAUCUUUGCACCCGGUCUUGAGACAAAAACUGGAGCUUUGGGAAGAAAACCUUACUGCGGCUGUCAGUCUUCAAGUUCUGGAAAUAGCUGAGAAGUUUUCAAGAACAGCAGCUUCCCACAGCAUUGCGACUGAUUAUGGAAAACUUGAUUGCAUCACUUCUAUAUUUAUGAAUGUCUUCUCGCGCAACCAACCCCUGCUGUUCUGGAGAGCUUUCUUUCCUGUGUUCAACAGCGUCUUUGAACUUCACGGUGCAACAUUAAUGGCACGGGAAAAUGAUCGUUUCUUGAAACAAGUUGCAUUUCAUCUUCUACGUCUGGCAGUUUUUCGGAACGAUAAUGUUAGAAAAAGAGCUGUUGUUGGUCUUCAGAUCCUUGUUCGGAGCUCUUUCUCGUACUUCAUGCAAACAGCACGGCUAAGAGUAAUGUUGACUAUUACUCUUUCGGAGUUGAUGUCUGAGGUCCAAGUGACCCAGAUGAAAUCAGAUGGAACACUUGAAGAAAGUGGCGAGGCACGCCGGUUGAGAAAGUCUCUUGGGGAAAUGGCAGAUGAAUCCAAGAGUCUGCAUUUGUUAACUGAAUGUGGCCUCCCCGAUAAUGCACUCGUGUCUCUUCACCAAAACUCAUCAGAAAACCGAUGGUCCUGGUCAGAAGUCAAACAUCUUGCUGAGUGUCUUCUUUUGGCUCUUGAUGCUAGCCUGGAACAUGCACUACUGGCAUCUGUUAUGACUGUGGACCGAUAUGCUGCGGCAGAGGGCUUUUACAAACUCGCAAUGGCCUUUGCUCCUGUGCCAGAUCUUCAUAUAAUGUGGUUACUGCACUUAUGUGAUGCACAUCAAGAAAUGCAGUCCUGGGCUGAAGCUGCGCAGUGUGCAGUUGCUGUUGCUGGCGUCGUAAUGCAGGCCCUCGUGAGCCGGAAUGAUGGUGUCUGGAGCAGCGAGCAUGUCACUGCUCUGCGCAAGAUUUGCCCAAUGGUCAAUAGUGAGAUAACUUCUGAGGCUUCAGCAGCGGAGGUGGAAGGCUAUGGCGCUUCAAAACUUACAGUGGACUCGGCUGUAAAAUAUCUGCAGCUUGCUAAUAAGCUUUUCUCUCAAGCGGAGCUCUACCAUUUCUGUGCUAGCAUUUUAGAACUCGUAAUUCCUGUUUAUAAAAGCAGAAGGUCAUUUGGGCAGCUUGCCAAAUGCCACACGAUGUUGACCAACAUUUACGAAUCCAUCCUUGAGCAAGAAUCAAGCCCUAUACCUUUCACAGAUGCUACAUAUUAUAGGGUGGGAUUUUAUGGGGAUAAAUUUGGGAAGCUAGACAGGAAAGAGUAUGUCUACAGAGAACCUCGUGAUGUUCGACUGGGCGACAUUAUGGAGAAACUCAGUCAUAUAUACGAGUCAAGAAUGGAUGGAACUACAUUACAUAUAAUUCCAGAUUCUCGGCAGGUCAAAGCAGAUGAGUUGCAGCCUGGAGUUUGCUAUUUGCAGAUAACUGCUGUCGAUCCAGUCAUGGAAGAUGAGGAUCUAGGUAGCAGAAGGGAACGGAUAUUCUCCCUUUCUACUGGAAGCGUCCGUGCACGGGUCUUCGACCGCUUUUUGUUUGAUACUCCAUUUACCAAAAAUGGAAAGACCCAAGGUGGAUUGGAAGACCAGUGGAAGCGACGUACAGUCUUGCAAACUGAAGGUUCCUUCCCUGCAUUGGUAAAUAGGCUGUUGGUUACAAAAUCAGAAUCGCUAGAGUUUUCUCCAGUUGAGAAUGCUAUUGGAAUGAUCGAAACUCGCACAGCUGCAUUACGGAAUGAACUUGAAGAGCCUCGCAGCUCUGAAGGAGAUCAACUUCCAAGGCUGCAGAGUUUGCAAAGGAUACUCCAAGGCUCCGUUGCUGUUCAAGUGAAUAGUGGAGUUCUGAGUGUAUGUACGGCCUUCCUUUCUGGUGAACCGGCAACAAGGCUGCGGUCGCAGGAAUUGCAACAACUGAUAGCUGCUCUCUUGGAAUUUAUGGCUGUUUGCAAGCGGGCUAUCCGAGUUCAUUUUAGAUUGAUUGGGGAGGAAGACCAGGACUUCCACACACAGCUUGUCAAUGGGUUCCAGUCUCUAACUGCGGAAUUGUCGCACUAUAUUCCUGCAAUUCUUUCAGAGCUCUGA